UAAACAGUCCAGAAACAGUCGAAAAAUGUAUUUUUUGACACUUAUCUGGAAUUCUGGCCCACUGUGCAUCGUGAGCGGCACGACAUAAGAGAGUCGGCCAAUCAAGGGUGUGAAAAUGUUCUUCAAGCUGAAUAAAAACGGUAUGUUCGUCAAGGGUGGUAUUCACGCCAGAGAAUGGAUCUCGCCGACCGUUGUCAUGUACAUACUGCACCAAUUACUGACCAGCAAGGACCUGGACGUCAGAAACAUAGCCGAGAACUACGACUGGUACAUCUUCCCCUCGUUCAACCCGGACGGAUAUGUAUACACGCAUACCACGGUAAGUGCGCGCUGUUCGAUUUCGCAUUCAUGUUUGAACCAUCCACAUUUUAGCUAGAGAUUUCUAAAUCCAGGAAAAAGAAU